UCUGUUUUCCUAAAAGUGCAACGUGGCUAAACAAAAGCCCAAAGUCCAAACAACCCAACUUGUGUUCUUUCUUGUACCAAAAAAAAACCAACAAAAAAAAAAAACCAAAUCGAAAAAACAAAACAAGAAGAAGAAGAAGAAGGUGCUCCAUUUCCAACACUUCCGAGAUCCCACUGAACUCAUCAACUGUAUCUUCACCGGUUGGAUAACCAUGAGGGGCAUUUUUUCUUUAAAGAGGGCAGCGUUGGUUCAGCAACCUAGUGAGAAAUUGAGUCUUGGUGUUAGAUUGUUUAGCACUCAAGGUGCUUCAACUGCAAGUACUCCACAGCCUCCACCACCACCUCCACCUCCGGAGAAAACCCAUUUCGGUGGAAUUAAGGAUGAGGAUAGGAUUUUUACCAACUUGUAUGGUCUGCAUGAUCCUUUCCUGAAAGGUGCCAUGAAACGAGGUGACUGGCAUCGUACUAAAGACUUGGUGAUUAAGGGUACUGAUUGGAUUAUUAAUGAAAUGAAGAAGUCGGGUCUCCGUGGGCGUGGUGGUGCUGGUUUUCCUUCUGGGCUGAAAUGGUCAUUUAUGCCAAAAGUAUCUGAUGGUCGCCCUUCUUACCUUGUUGUUAAUGCUGAUGAAAGUGAACCUGGUACUUGCAAAGACAGGGAAAUUAUGCGACAUGACCCACAUAAAUUGUUAGAAGGUUGCUUAAUUGCUGGAGUGGGAAUGAGGGCUAGUGCUGCUUACAUCUACAUCAGGGGUGAAUAUGUAAAUGAACGUUUAAAUCUUGAAAAGGCUAGGAAAGAGGCUUAUGCAGCUGGUUUAUUGGGUAAGAAUGCUUGUGGAUCAGGCUAUGAUUUUGAUGUUCAUAUCCACUAUGGUGCUGGAGCUUAUAUUUGUGGUGAGGAAACAGCUCUCUUGGAGAGUCUUGAAGGGAAACAAGGUAAGCCAAGAUUGAAGCCUCCGUUCCCAGCCAAUGCAGGGUUGUAUGGUUGUCCCACCACUGUCACAAAUGUAGAAACAGUAGCUGUGUCUCCAACCAUUUUAAGGCGUGGACCAGAAUGGUUUGCCAGUUUUGGUAGGAAGAACAACUCUGGGACAAAGUUGUACUGUGUGUCAGGACAUGUGAACAAGCCUUGCACUGUUGAAGAGGAAAUGAGUAUACCACUGAAAGAGUUGAUUGAGAGGCACUGUGGAGGUGUUAGAGGAGGAUGGGACAAUUUACUUGCUGUGAUUCCAGGAGGAUCAUCUGUUCCACUGAUUCCAAAACAUGUAUGUGAUGAUGUUCUGAUGGAUUAUGAUGCAUUGAAGGCUGCCCAGACAGGGUUGGGGACUGCAGCUGUGAUUGUGAUGGAUAAGUCUACUGAUGUUGUGGAUGCCAUUGCAAGGCUCUCGUACUUCUACAAGCAUGAAAGCUGUGGGCAGUGCACACCAUGCAGAGAGGGAACAGGAUGGCUUUGGAUGAUCAUGGAAAGAAUGAAAGUUGGGAAUGCCAAGCUUGAAGAAAUUGAUAUGCUUCAGGAGGUGACUAAGCAAAUUGAAGGGCACACAAUCUGUGCCUUGGGUGACGCUGCUGCAUGGCCAGUGCAGGGACUUAUCAGGCAUUUCAGGCCCGAGCUCGAGAGAAGGAUUAAAGAGCAUGCACAGAGGGAGUUGCUGCAGGCCACUGGUUAGGCUAGACUAUAAGGGUUGUGCUGUACUGGUGGAUAGCAAGAACCAAAAUAAGGCAGUGCUACUUCUGUUUACUUUUAUGCUGUAGCAAUUAUGGCCGGACCAUACCAGAGAAACCAUCUGGGCUGGUAUAAACUAUGCUACCUAAACUCGUCAUUUGGCACAUUUCAUGUAUUUGUUAAUAAUAUCUGUAUACUGUCAUUAAUUUUGAGAAACUUAUCAUGUUUAUGUUUGUUAUUUAUCAAUGAAUGAUGAGGAUAUAUAUCCAUUUGAUAGCAAA